AUGAUCUGCAGGAGCUGCCGGACGACGAUGCUGUCUCGGCUACAGCAGGCGCAUGCCAUGACAUGGACCGCAUCAACAGCUGCACGCCAAUUUCCCAUUGUCCGCAAUCAAUUCCGAUUCUACAGUGACAAUGCCCCCAACCCUUCUGUGGCCGCUCCUCCUCCUCCUUCCACCCCCCGCCAACCGACGGCUGGCGACAAAACCACCCCCUCCGCUGUUUCCUCCGCUACCCCCGGCGUUUCCCAGCCUUUGAGCACCCCCGAGGGUGUCCACACCGAUGCGCAACCCAGCACUCCUAUCAAAGCCGCCAUUGAGCGCUCACCGAGCAGCUGCGCGGCCGGUACGAAGAUGAACGGCCUGAACUACUUCAAGAACAAACCGGAAAUUAUUGCCAAGGAGGAUUCGGAAUACCCAGACUGGCUCUGGGGUCUUCUUGAGGACGCGGGCAAGCAGUCAAAGACCGAUAAGGGUGGCGUCGAUCCGAGCACCUUGAACAAGAAGCAACGAAAGCGCUACGAGAAGAAACUGGCUGCUCGCACGGGACCUCUUGCACCCAAGACCCCUGCCCACCACAACUCCUACGAUAUUACCCCCGCAACCUACAACCGCGACGCACCUUCGGAGGACGCCUUCUCCGACGCCACCGACGGCCUCGGUAAGCGCCAGGAGGUCACCAAGAGUGCUAGAGAUGCGCGGCGAAAGGCUAUCAAGGAAUCUAACUUCCUGCGUGGUCUGUGA